GUUUGUUUGUUUGAAAAUAUUCGACUGUAAUAUUUUCAGAUUAUUCAAAUAAAUGAGUGUAAAAUUUGAAAAUUUCUUAGUAAUAUUUAGGUGUGUUAUAUUAAAUAACAACGAGAGAGAUUAAACGGGCAUAUUAAACAACUGUUCCAGAGUGAAAACUUCGAAUGUGAAUCGUUUUUCAACUUUGAAAGAGUUCCUUUAUUUGCUUAAAAACAGAAUAAUGCAUCGAAAUCUGCCUCAGAAUAAAGAAGCGUUGUUGAAAUCAUAUACAACACGCCUAAAGGAGGAUGUAAAAAGUAUGCUGGAAAAUUUUGAAGAAAUUAUUAAACUUGCAAAAGGGGAAAAUGAUUCGCAGCUAAAUAGAAUGACACAAAUUGAACAAGAUACUUUUGAAAUGCAAGUUCGAGCAGCAAAUAUUGUGAGAGCAGGGGAGUCUUUAAUGAAAUUGGUAUCAGAUAUCAAGCAGUAUUUAAUAUUGAAUGAUUUUCCAUCUGUCAAUGAAGCUAUUACACAGAAUUCAAAACUGUUUCGCACUAAGCAGCAAGAAUGUGACCAAAAGUUAAUGUCUCUUCGUGAUGAUAUAGCAGCCGACCUUUAUGACCUAGAAGAUGAAUAUUUUACUAGCAUAUAUAAGUAAACAUUUUUGUUAUGUAAAUAUGUGUUAUAAUAAUAGAAGGAUUGUUUAGGAUUGCUAUUAUUACGAGUAUGUAUCUACUAUAAUGUCCAAUAGCUUGUAAUGAUGAUGAUGUGUUCUUUUCUUCUCUCUUGAAAUAAAAUUUUAUUCACUCCAUCAAUGUAAUACUGCACCACGAAAUUAAUCAAUUGUAGUUGUCCUCAGCAUAUUAGCUUUAAAGAUAUGUAAUUAUGUUCUUGAAUGAAACUUCAACAACUAUACAGUGUGAAUUUUCCAUAACUCUAGGGUUAUAUUCUUUCAAGAAAACUAUUUAAAAUGUGUUCUAAAAUGGAUAUUUUUGGAGUAAAUAAUAUUCCUUUUGUAAAUAAUCUUAUAUUUUGUCCAUUUUACUGCAUCCUUAUAUUUUACAGAAGUUGAGACAAUAUGGUGAUUCUGUAAACAGUAUAUAAAUUACUAGCUGACGCCCCGCAGUUCUAACUGCAUGGUUCAGUUCCUGUAAGAAUACAGGGAUAAAAUAUAGUCCAUGCCAUUGACAAAUAACAUAGCUUUCUAGUGGUACCCCAUACAAUAACACUAACUUCUCUUUUGUAAUUUUAUAGUACAGAUAAAUGGACCACUGAUUAGCGUGCAUUGUCAGUCAAACGCGAUUUGAAGUUUUAUUCAAAUUACAACUCGCUAGGAUACUUUAAGGAAGUAUGCUGCAUUCUAAAUUUCCUUUUUUAACUAUUGACUUGAAAAAAAAUUAAAAGCUGUCUGGCUGGGUUAUUGCUUUUAAUGGAAAAACUUUAUGAACCAAAAUAUAUUAAAAUCUCCAUUAAUGUACAGUUCUUUUUAUUAGUAGUAACUGGGAGUCAUCAACACCCAGAGAGGCACAUGUUUUAACAUAUUAUGUUUUAUUUGAAUAUUUUAAAACUAUCCUUAAAAUAAUUUCAAAUGGUUUACUUCAGUCACUGGUUGUUGGGUCUUAGUAACAUGAUGCACCUAGAGUCCAUUCAUAAUAUGUCAUUCUCUUUUUGAGAGAACAGGAUGGAUGAAGGAUGAUACACUCUAUUAUGAAUAGAUUAUUUAGAGGAAGGUUUCAAUAUACUUUUAUUUUAGAUGUAAAUUUGUUGAAAUAUGACAAAUUGAGUGUCUGGAAUUUUCAUUGAAAACACUUCCUAGUCCCUUUGAGAUAUAACAAAACAAUGCAUGGUGACGGUGAGAGGUUAGAAGCUUUUCUAUAAGGGUUCCAACACAGGCGAAGUUAUGGGUGUAUGCUAGUUUAUUUAUAAUUUUUGAAUAGAUUUCAAAUUAACUAGACAGAUAUUGUAAUUAACAAGUUUGUUAAUAUAGUUUUACAAGUAGCUUAAUUAUGUUAAUGUAGUAACAGUCAACAAAUAAAACAAAUUGCAAUUA